UGAUUCUGAUUACACUCAACACUAUAAGUGGAGCUCUCCGCCUUGCAGUGGUUAAGGAUUAAGCUUUUUACAGAUUCAAAUAAGUUGGAUUGCUGCAAAAAUUUCAUUUGCAGUCCGUCCACUUUGUACAGCUGAAAUCACAAACCGUUCCUCCGCCUCCCUUCCCACUCGGUCCUCUUGGCUAAUUGUCAUGCAGCGCUGAUGCACAUGACAGUAAUUAAUGGGUUUAUUUAAGCAUGGUUCUAACUUCUCACUGAAAAAAUGCUUCACAUCUUUUUUGUGCUGUGUAUUUUUAGAGCUUUCUCCUGUGAUGCCUUGUGUAUCUGUGUGUUUGUUAAUGUGUGCAAGGACUCUCAGAGUAUGUCUUAAUUCCAUCUCUCCUAACACCUCACUUCAUCCCUCGUCCCUAAUCCGGCCAGACUAUUAAAAGGUGGUGCACCUCCUCAGGGGGGUGCAGAGAACAUCUUACUUCCUCAGGAUCCAGCCGUCCAUCCUUAUUUUCGUCCUAAUUUCCACCUCCGCUGCACAACAAGACAUCUCAGCUGUACUUUGCUCUGAGAGGCACAGGCUCUUUCGCCAGGUCUCUCAAAACAGAAAAGACAUCAUCAACAGCCACAGCCAUGAAUGGCACAGAAGGGCCCAACUUUUAUGUCCCCAUGUCUAAUAGGACUGGGUUGGUGCGCAGCCCAUUUGAGCACCCUCAGUACUACCUAGCUGAGCCAUGGAAGUACUCUCUUCUGGCUGCAUACAUGCUGUUCCUCAUCAUCACGGCCUUCCCCAUUAACUUCCUCACCCUGCAUGUCACUGUCAAGCACAAAAAGCUGAGAACCCCGCUGAACUACAUCCUGCUCAACCUGGCGGUGGCUGACCUCUUUAUGAUAGUUGGAGGGUUCACAGUGACCCUGUACACGGCUCUGCACGGAUACUUCAUCCUAGGUAUCACCGGCUGCAACAUUGAGGGAUUCUUUGCCACCUUAGGAGGGGAGAUUGCCCUGUGGUCUCUUGUAGUUUUGGCAGUUGAGCGUUACUUUGUGGUCUGUAAGCCAAUGACCAACUUCCGCUUUGAGGAAAAACACGCCAUCGCUGGCCUGGCGUUCUCUUGGGUCAUGGCUCUGACCUGUGCUGCUCCACCUCUGUUAGGAUGGUCCCGGUACAUCCCGGAGGGCAUGCAGUGUUCCUGUGGGAUUGACUACUACACUCCCAAGCCGGAGAUCAAGAACACCUCAUUCGUCAUCUAUAUGUUCGUCCUCCACUUCAGCAUCCCUCUCUUCAUCAUUUUCUUCUGCUACAGUCGCCUGCUCUGCACUGUGCGAGCGGCUGCAGCUCAGCAGCAGGAGUCUGAAACCACCCAGAGAGCAGAGAAGGAGGUCACGCGCAUGGUCAUAGUCAUGGUGAUCUCCUUCCUGGUGUGCUGGGUGCCCUACGCCACUGUAGCUUGGUACAUCUUUGCAAAUCAGGGAACUCAGUUUGGACCGGUAUUCAUGACGGUGCCAGCCUUCUUCGCCAAGAGUGCAGCUCUGUACAAUCCAGUCAUCUACAUUCUGCUAAACAGACAGUUUAGAAACUGCAUGAUCACCACCGUGUGCUGUGGAAAGAACCCAUUUGGCGAUGAUGAGGCAGCCGCCGCAGUCUCCAAAACCCAGACUUCAUCCGUCUCCUCCAGCCAGGUGGCCCCCGCUUGACCCCUCACUCCCUCUUCUAUCUGCGCCAUCUGUUCCCACUCGCCAAGGGACCCACCACCACCGAGCAGCAAUACGUUCCAUUGGUCGAUUCCUCUGGACUCACCUCUUCAGUUGUCCUCGUUGCAGUUGGCGCUUGUGCUGUUAACUUCAGCGGGACAGACUCAAUUAAAGGCCAGCAUGUGCACUUUGGAGCCCGUUUACUUACGGAAAGCGUUCAGCUGCUCUCACAGAUUGUUAACCCGGCGUCAUAAGGUUGCUAUCUUGAUGCAGAUCCAACUGAACACCUUCCAAGCUCCCCUGCUGCCUCCAAAAAACAGGAUAUAGGUGGAAAUCUGAUUCAGAUUUAUGCUCCCACUAAUAUUUGGAUGAAUGUCUCUUAGCAAGUUGCAUAGAGAUUACACUGUUUUUGUAGCUAUCAACCAGUUUCUGACAUAAUCCUAGCUGGAUAUUUCACCACUUUUCUGACCAGAGAUGUUAAACCUCAUAUAAUUGGUUGGAUUCCUGGACACAGUUUUUAAGCAUAUUCCAUACUGGGUAGAGGUCAUGGCCAGCAGCUUAAUGUUAGCCUGCUUUAUCCAUUCCAAAACCAGUUUUAAUGGAAGUUUUGUAUCCAUUGUGUCCAGGUUUCAACAAUGUAGCUAUGGAUUUACGUUAAGGUUAAAAUUAUGAUCUAGUGGCGCGGCGUUGGUGGUGUAGGGGUUAAGUAGACAACCCACAUAUAGAGUCUACAGUCCUCAAAAGGGGCUGUCCUGGAUCCGAGUCCCGGACCCUGAGACCUUUGCCGAAUGUCUUCACCCUCUCUCUGCGCCUAUUUCCUGUCUGCCUACUGUCGGAAAAAUUGAAAAAAAUACAGGCCUCUAGUGCCGCAAAAAAAAAACUAUAAAAAAAAUAAAUUAUGAUGUAGUCCAUCUAUAUUUUUCAACCCACUGCAAUGCGGCAACAUCACUGGGAGUAAACCUGACCCACAGCAUGAUACUUCCACCACUAUACUUGGCAGUUGAUAGCACCUCUCAGGUUUAAAGCUUCACCUUUACUCCUUCAAACAUAUUUCCUGUUAUUGAGGUCAAACAGCUCAAUCUCUGUCUUGUCUGACCAUAAAAACAUUUCUCUGGAAGGGGUUUGGGUCGUCCAUGUGGACAUCUGCAAAUCUCAGUCAAGCUUGAAGGUCGUACGUUUUGGAGCAGGAGGUUCUUUCUUUGUCGGCAUCCCCUUAGCCCAUGUUAAUAGACAUGGAUACUGGUGUUCCAUCAUCUUCAGAUUUAUUAUAGUUUUGAACAUUGUUAGUUCCAUCCUAUUCAAUUUCAUUUCAUGGUUUGGGUUAGAAUAAUGAAAAUUAUUCCCAGCUUAUUGAUCAAAGGGACAGUGAUCCCAAACACACACAAAAACUGGUUUUGGAAAGGAUACAGCAAGGUAGCAAUGGCCCUAAACUUAAAUCUGUUGAAAAUCUGUGGACUACACAUAAAAUCCAGGUUGGUGCCAGGGAAUCAAACAAUUAAAAUGAGCCGUACCAAUUCUACCAAGAAGAGGGGUCAAAUACACAGCCACAAUGAUGCCAGGACCUUACUGAUGGCAGCAAAAAGCAUGUGGUUUACUCUGCAACCUUCUAAGGGACAUUUCUGUGUCAUCAUCACCCUAAAAAACACAUUACAUUAGAUGCAUAAUGAAAAGCCCAAGAUUAACAUUUAUGAUAUGUGCAUAUAAACCUCUGACUGGCUCUAAUUAACCAGUUUUGAAGUCCUUAGAUUAGGCAUUGAUUUGUUUAAUGUUUUAGUGCAUCAGAUUUUUCUCUCCUCUGGUCAUUAAGAUAAACCUGGGAGGGUUAGCUUGUUCUUUGUCUCAGCCAUGGGUGUAGACAAGUGAAACUGAAUGAUAGAGUCUGUGUGUUUGGCAGAUGUUUAUGUUUCUGAAUGGAUGCCAGAAUGUUAGAGUACGUGUCACAAAGAGACAUACUAUUCUGUUUGUUGUGUAAAGGCUAGGAUUUGUGCAUUGCAAUAAAAACAAAGCUGAAUGUCUGCACAA